AUGGUUCCGGUGGCGUACUGCCCUUCCAUCCUCGGGUCUACGAUCUUCAUCAGCUUCCUGUUGUGCACCAGCAGCGGGCGAGCCCACUCGGCGAGGCUUUGCUCUCGGCUCGGCCGGCUCCUGUCCAGGGUCCUCCUCCCGGUCAUCAUCUCAAGCAGGACGACUCCAUAG